AUGAAACUGUUUUUGGUCCUAGUUUCACUGCUUUCUGUAACACAUAACUACGCCAUAGAAAUAAGCGACCAAGGGAUACUAGAAGGCGAAGAGUUAGCAAAUGAGGUCGAUGGUAGCACAUUAUAUAGCUUCAAGGGAAUCCCAUACGCCCAGCCCCCUGUGGGUAACUUGAGGUUUAAGGCUCCUCAACCUGUAUCUUCGUGGGAGGGUGUAAAAAACGCCACUCGGCAUGGUGCCGUUUGUCCGCAGUUUGAUAUUUUAACAAAUCAGAUCAUACCAGGAGAUGAAGAUUGUCUCUUCUUAAACAUUUACACUCCGGACUUGAACCCAGCCACUCCUCUGCCGGUAAUGUUCUUCAUCCACGGCGGAGGCUACGUCAGUGGAUCCGGAAAUGACGAUUUCUUUGGACCCGAUUUCAUAGUCCGGAAGAAUGUUAUAUUAGUCACAAUAAAUUACAGAUUGGGUGACUUGGGAUUUUUGACUUUAGACACGGAAGAAGUACCAGGAAACGCCGGUUUGAAAGAUCAAGUAUUGGCCUUAAAGUGGGUCAAUGAGAACAUUGCGCAUUUUGGCGGUGAUCCGAAACUGCUUACGAUUAUUGGACAAAGUGCCGGUGCAGCAUCCGUUCUCUAUCAUCUAGGAUCAUCUCUGACCAAAGGACUCUUUAACAGAGCGAUCGCUUUGAGUGGUGUACCAACGUGCGAUUUUAACUAUUCAUACAAACCUAUCAAACGUCCGUAUAUUUUAGCCAAGCUACUCGGCAACGACACAACCGAUCUUGCAAUUGCUCUGGAGUUCCUACAAAGCGUAAACGUUCAGCUUUUGAUUCAACCUGACGUAUCUUUAUUAGCCACCGAAUCAGUAUCGACAGGCAAUAUCUUCCGCUCGUACUACUUCCUGCCGGUUGUCGAGAAAGAUUUCGGAACCGAGCAAUACCUAACAAAAAACUAUCUAGAACUAAUUCAAAACGGUAGCUUCCAUGAUGUGGAUGUAUACUUAGGUAGUACAAAUCUGGAAACGGCCGUAGUAGCUUCCAAUAUCGAUGCUCUAAUUCAAGAAAUAAUUAAAAAUCCACAGUUGAUCGUUCCACGUGAAAUUCUAAAUCAAGUUACUCCUGAUGUCAGUUUGGAGAUCGCAGAUUCACUGCUUCAGAAUUAUUACGGCGACAAACGUUUGACAGUGGAAAAUAUUCAAGAAUAUUUAACGUACACCUUAGAAACUUAUUUUACAGCCGCAAUAAGGCGUUUCGCUGAUUUGAUCGCUAAAGUAUCUUCCAAAGUAUACUUCUACAAAUUUGAAAGCUUCUCGUCCAGAAACUACUACGGGCAGGCCACUGUUCCAUUCGGCUUUUACGCUGCGAGUCAUUUAGAUGACUUGAUGUAUUUUAUGUACCCUAAGUCCUUGAAUAUGACCGUUGAUGUGAGCAGCACCGAAUUCAAGAUGGUUGAUCUGACGACAAACGUUAUCACGAAUUUUGUAAAACACGGAACUCCAACUCCUGAUAACAGCUUGGGAUUGAUUUGGCCCGUUUACGACACGACCAAUAAGGCAUAUGUGACCAUUUCAAACGACACUCUAAUACCUGGCUCCGAUCCAGAUAGCUCCGGCACGGCAUUCCGAAUCGGGCUCUUCGAGAAAACUGGCAUUAACUACUAGUCUUCAACAUUUUUACUAAAUUAAAACUAAAAAUAAAAUAUUCUGCUGCCAAAUACUAUAAGACAAACUAAUAUCGUUACGUCGUCCUUGUGUCGACAAUCCUCCAUGUUGAUAAUACAAUAUGUAUAAUAAUAAUUCAAAUAAUAUAUAUGGCAAUCCAAACUAUUAUAGUACCUGUUUAAUUAACUUAUUUAAGACUAGAGCGUACGCCUAGUGUAGUGUGCUGUGCUGAUACUACCUCGCAAGGCGCCAUUGAUUAUAGUAAAUUCAAUUUCUUAAUUCAGCAGUGGAAAGAGUUGGAGGAGGCCUUUGCUGAAAGGCACUCCGAGACGAGAGACAUUUUGUUUUAUAAGUGUAAAUUUUACUUUUAUAUUUUGUUUUCAUAUAAUAUACUGGUUUUCUUUUUAGACUACUUAAAAUUGUUACUUUAAAAUGUUAAAUGUUCGAGAAAUAAAGACAUUAUUAUUAUUAAAA